UUUAGAAGUUUCGAUAUGCGCUGCCCUUUAAUUUAGAUCAGAUUUGCAACUGUUGCAAAUGUAUUUUAGAGUUACCCAUAUCUGUACUUCUGGGUAUAUAGGAAUUCUUUAGAUUUCGGUCUAAACUAUCAAGGAAACCAUGAUAUUAUAUAUAUAGCUUCUAAGAGAUAUUAACAGAACCCUGUGCUUUAUCAGUCAAAUUUUCAAUUCAUAACUAUUUUCCUUUUUGAAUCUGAAAAGCAUUUGCAAUCACUUCGAUAAAGGUCAGGGAAUAAGCAACAUAAAAAUAAGGUAUUUUUAGGAAUUUCUACUUUUUUUUUAAAACAAUUCGUGGAAGGUUUAAGUGCCAGAGCUUGUGUGUGUGUGCUGUGAAAAAAGUGCUGAAAUAGGUCUUUUCCAACUUAAUCCUGUCAAGCAAGUAAUCCCUCUCUGAACCGAUUCGAUUAUGCAGCUCAUCAUUGAUCAAUUCCUGCAACUGCAAGAGCGGAUCCGUAACUUCGAGGGCAUGCUUGGCGGCGGCAGCGGGGAGCGUCUGUGCACGCCAAGCACUUCGGCCGGCCCAUUCCGCAUCUUCUCCGUGACCGGAUUCCAGAACCGGGCCAAUGACAUUGUCUACUGUCCGCCGAUUGUGCGCCAGCACUCGGUGCACGUCCCCGAGGACUCCACGGCCAUUAUAUAUUUUGGCGGGGAUGUGCAGGACUUCCCGGAAAGCAUGGAGACGAACCGCGACAGCCGGGGUUACAUGAAGUACAACCUCGAGAACUCGGCCAUCCUUCUGCGCGAGGCCUUUCCCAGGGCACACAUCAUCGUCAUCCGGCCAGUGCGCAUGGAGUUUAAGACAUUUAGUUGCUUUGACAACUUUGUACGAGGCAACAACGCUGGAGUUCCGGAUCAUACGCCCAUGAACCAUGCCCUCCAGCACCUAGAAAAACUGCUCCAGAAUCUGUCGCAGCGCCUGAUCUCCAUACCCGAGAAUGAAAUCCUCGAUCAGGCCGCCCAGGCAGCAGCGGCUGCGGCGGCGGUGGCUGCUGCUGCUGCGGCCGCUGCCCUGACGCUAUCCAACGCCACGGUCACGUCGGAGUCCAACUCACAAGCGGCACCGGCCAACGACAGCAGCCAGGAGAUGGACAUUGACAUUCUGCAGGUGCAGGAGAAUAUCACAGUGGAUGCGGAUGGUGCUGUUAUAUUCCCGAUAGUGGGCAGUGAAGCACCGGAGACGGUGAACAAUGUAUCCGGAAAUAAUGGCAACAUCAGCUGCGGAGGCAACGAUGACAGUAGCACAAAUGUGAACAACCACCAGGAACAGGUGAACAACCAGCAACUCCAACCGCAGCAGACAGCGGCGGCCAUAAAGAUGACUUCUGCCACAACGGCGCUUAGUGCCACCACCAACAAUGUGGAGCACUACAACAACGACUGUGCCACGAGGCCGGCUCCGGCUGCAACUGCAACAUCAGUCUCGGGCACGGCAACAUCCACAUCCACAUCCACGGCAACCAGCGACAGCAAUCCCCUGUGGUGGCGGGAGAACCUCAACCUGGACAAGUCCAAGCUAGUGCUGAUUGGCUUCAGCAAGGGCUGCGUCGUGCUCAAUCAAUUCAUUUACGAAUUCCACUAUCUGAAAACACUGACGCCCGAUGACAGCAGCAUGUGCCGCCUGCUUUCCCGCAUAUCGGACAUGUACUGGCUGGAUGGCGGGCACGGCGGCCAGAAGAACACAUGGAUCACAUCGCGUAGCCUACUGGAGACGCUCACGCGCAUGGCAGGCAUGAACAUCCACGUCCACCUGACGCCUUACCAGGUGCAGGAUGAUCGUCGACCCUGGAUUCGCAAGGAGGAGAAGCUCUUCACGGAGAUGCUGAGACGGCUGAAUGCGCCGCUCACCCGGCACUUGCACUACGACAACCAGCCGGCGAAUCUGAUGACCCACUUCGAGGUGCUUCAAGCCUUCUGCCAGCAUGUCCAUGCGCUGAACCAGCAGCAACAGCAGCUCCAGCAGCAACAGCAACAGGGCGUGGGGAUCAGUGAGCAGUCUGCGGCGACGGUGGCCACCAACAAUGGUAGCAACAAUCUGUUGGAAGCCGGCGAGGAGGCAAAGUGACAGCUGCAACUGCAUCCGCACCACCACAGACGUCGC